GGGCCAGACGGGCCUCACCAGUGCCAAGAUGAGCGUCACCUCCUGGUUCCUGGUGAGCAGCAGCGGCACCCGCCACCGGCUUCCUCGAGAGCUCAUCUUCGUGGGGCGUGAUGAGUGUGAGCUCAUGCUGCAGUCUCGCAGUGUGGACAAGCAGCAUGCUGUCAUCAACUACGACCAGGAGAGGGACGAGCACUGGGUAAAGGACCUGGGCAGCCUGAAUGGAACGUUCGUGAACGACGUGCGCAUCCCGGACCAGAAGUACGUCACGCUGAAGCUCAAUGACGUCAUCCGAUUCGGCUAUGAUUCCAACAUGUACGUGCUGGAACGCGUGCAGCACCGCGUCCCCGAGGAGGCGCUCAGGCACGAGAAGUACACCAGCCAGCUGCAGGUGAGCGUCAAGGGCCCAGCGCCCAAGAGGGGCGAGGCGCUGCUGGAGCACACGCCGUACUGCGAGUCCUCUACCCCCAGGCCGGAGAGGGGCGACCGGAGACCAGGACCAGAAUCGGCGGCCUACCGCACACCCCUGUACGGGCAGCCCUCCUGGUGGGGCGAGGAUGAUGGUGGCACCUCGCCUGAGGACCGGCGCCAGGAGGAGCCUUACCCCGAGCGGCCCAAGGAGCUGGCACAGCAGGACGGGGAGCUCCCCGGGGCGUUAGCCGGCUUCCGGGCUGCCACGGAGCCUCAGGGUUACUCGUUCCGGCGGGAGCCCAGCUACUUCGAGAUCCCCACGAAGGAGGCCCCGCAGCCACCGAGGACCCCCGAGGUGCCGGCACACGAGGUGCCCACGAAGGACGUGGAGCCGGGCGGGGGCGGGGCGGCCCCCGUGGUGCAGAGCCAUGCGUCUUUCACCAUCGAGUUUGACGACUGCAGCCCGGGCAAGGUGAAGAUCAAGGACCACAUCACCAAGUUCUCCCUGCGCCAGCGGCGGCCCCCCAGCAAGGAGGCCACGCCUGUCGAGGUGGUGUCUGCAGAGACCAAGGUGGCUGACUGGCUGGUGCAAAACGACCCCAGCCUGCUGCGCCGGGCCGGCCCCGGAGACGACCGCCACAGCACCAAGAGUGACCUGCCCGUCCACACCCGCACCCUGAAGGGCCACAAGCACGAGGACGGCACGCAGAGUGACUCGGAGGACCCCAUGGCCAAGGCAGCCGGGGAGAGCAGCGGGGAGCAGGUGCGGCUGCAGAGGCAGAUCAAGCGGGAGCCCCAGGAGCUGCUGCACAACCAGCAGGCCUUCGUCAUCGAGUUCUUCGACGAGGACACGCCCCGCAAGAAGCGCUCCCAGUCCUUCACGCACACCCCACCUGGGGACCCCAAGGCCGACAAGCGCCGAGGCCCCGGGCCAGCCGACAGGGACCGCCCGGGUGCACCGGUCCCGGCCCGGGCGGCGGGCAGCAGCUCGGGGCCACAGCGGGCCAGCUCGCUGAAGCGGGAGAAGACGGAGGAGCGGCUGGGCAGCCCCUCGCCCGCCGCCCGGGCCCCUGUCCGUCCCUUCGGCAGCGUGGGGCGCCGCUCCCGGCUGGCCCAGGACUUCAUGGCCCAGUGCCUGCGGGAGGGCUCCCCAGCCACCCGGCCUGCCCCCGAGAAGGUGCCCCCUGCACUGCCCGCCCCCUUGACACCCCGUGGGGCCAGCCCUGUGGUCCCCUCAACUCUGCCACCACCCCCCGCCGACCCCCAGCUGAGCAAAGCUCGCAAACAGGAGGAGGAUGACAGCCUCAGUGACGCAGGGACCUACACCAUCGAGACAGAGACGCAGGACCAGGAGGUGGAGGAGGCCCGCAAGAUGAUCGACCAGGUCUUCGGGGUACUCGAGUCCCCUGAACUCUCCAGGGUAUCCUCUGCCACCUUCCGUCCAGUCAUCAGAGGGGACAGAGACGAGUCUGGUGAUGGAGUGGCCCAGCGGAUGGCACUGCUACAGGAGUUUGCCUCCCGGCCAGUGGGCACGGCCCCCCACGGGGAGCUCCAGGGGCUCCCAGUGCCGGGCUCCCCCGGGGGUCAGAAGUGGGUGUCCCGCUGGGCCAGCCUGGCCGACAGCUACUCGGACCCGGGCCUGGCAGAGGACGGCCCUGGGCGCAGAGCUGGGGAGUUUGAGGGGGCCCUUCCUGUGCGCCAGCGGCGACUCCUGCCACAGCUGCCCAGUGACAGGGCAGACAGCCCAGCCGGCCCCGAGGCUGCCAGGAGGAGUGGGCCUGGGCCACUGGAGCCGGGCAGUGAGCAGGCCAGCCACCUCUUGGGCCAGGAGGACCUGGAACCCGACAGCCUCAGUGAUGCCAGUGGGUCAGACGGGGGCCGGGGCCCUGAGCCGGGUGGGAGCUCACAGGAGGAGAGACACAGGAGCCCCCAGGAGGGUCUGGCAUGGACGAGGGGCCGGCGCUCACCAAGGGCCCCCGGGGAGCUGGCCCCCACCUCUUUCUUCAUCGGGGACCAAAACGGGGAGGCCACUUUCCCCCGGAAACCAUCUAUGGCUCCAGGGGAGGUGGAGGGCCCAGGGCAGGCAGCCCAGCCCAGCCUCCCGGCGAGGGACGGUGUCUACAUCAGCUCCAGCGGGAGAAUGGUCGUCCAGCUGCGGCCAGGGUGGUCCCCAGAGCCUGAGGGCCCCACUCCGGCCCCGCCCAAGGAGGCUCUGGCCUUUGUCCGGCAGGAGAGCUUCACCAAGGAGCCAGCCAGCGGCCCCCCAGCCCCUGGCCAGCUCCCGCACAUCUCUAGCCACCCCCUCCUGCAGGACCUGGCCUCAGCCCGGGCCUCGCGAAUGGACCUCCACUCCCAGGACACCCACCUGAUCUUGAAGGAGACUGAGACGGCCCUGGCGGCCCUGGAGGCCCACCUGCUCUCCAAGUCCACAGAGGAGGUGGAGGGUGAGGGGGUCAGUGCCCCUGGGCCGCCGGAGGACUCCCUGUCCGGAGACUCCGACUUGGACACGGCAAGCACCAUCAGCCUGCUCAGUGGCAAGAAUGGGCCCAGCCCGACCAGCCCCCAGCCCACAGGGCUGCAGAAGGAGAAGCUGCCAUCCCCACCAGCAGCACAGGAGCCGGGGAGUGCCGCCCUGAGCAGCGCCCGGGAGCGGCUCUCGGAGAAGCAGCGUUGCCUGCCAGGCCCCAUGGACAUGGGCCGCGGGGAGCCAGCUCGGCGCCUGGCCGUGCGGCGUGGCUACGGGCCCCGGGGGUCCCUGGACUGGCCCGACGAGGAACGAGGCUCCAGCCUUGCCCACCCACCCAGCUCAGACAUGGUCACCUCCGACCACGAGACCCCUGCGGCUACCGGGGCAGGUCGGCCAGCACCUCGCCGAAAACCUACCGCGCCACCGCCGUCCCCGGCUGCCCAGGAAGAACAGAGCCGCAGCUCAGCUGGCGCCCAGAAAGUACAGCAGGCGCUGACCCGCUCCAACAGCCUGUCCACCCCUCGGCCCACGCGGGCCUCCCGGCUGAGGCGGGCCCGGCUGGGGGACGCCUCGGACACAGAGGCCCCGGAUGGCGAACGGGGGCCCCCGGCCAACCCCGAGCCAGCGGGGCGGCCAGCCCCCGAGCAGGGCAAGAAGCUGUCGCGCCUGGACAUCCUGGCCAUGCCCCGGAAGCGGGCCGGCUCCUUCACGGGGCCCAGCGACUCAGAGGCGGGCCCCACCCGCACCGGCUUCUCCGGCCGCAGCGUCGAGUUGUACUGCACUGGCCGCAAGCCCACCGUGGCCGAGGCUCGGGCUGCCGCCAGGAAGGCCGCCACCACCACCACGGCCCCCCGCCAGCCCUUCAGCAGGGCCCGCCCGGGCAGUGCCCGAUACUCCUCACCCAGCACACGUCGCCGGCAGCAGGGCUCAGAUUGCACGUCCACCUCUGAGGAGGAGUAUGGCUCCCACCAUGGCUCCCCCAAACACACACGCUCCCACGCCUCUACAGCCACUCAGACCCCACGGGCUGGCAGCUCUGGCCGGGCCCGGCCCCGGGCCCCUGGCCUCCGGGACACAGACGAUGAGGAAGAAGAGCCUGAUCCCUAUGGUUUCAUUGUGCAGACAGCCGAGAUUGCUGAGAUUGCCAGGCUGAGCCAGACGCUGGUGAAGGACGUGGCCAUCCUGGCCCAGGAGAUCCACGACGUGGCUGGGGAUGGCGACUCGCUGGGCUCACCGGGGUCUGCCCGCAGCCCCUCCCUCAACAACGUGCCCAGUACCCCCGCCUCCACCAUCUCCGCCCGAGAGGAACUGGUGCAGCGCAUCCCCGAGGCCAGCCUCAACUUCCAGAAGGUGCCGCCCGGCUCCCUGAACUCUCGGGACUUGGACCAGAACAUGAACGACCGCCGUGAGGUCCCCAUGGCCAACAAGACACGGCCUCGGAACCGCGAGGAGGUGAUCUUUGAUAACCUGAUGCUGAACCCCGUGUCCCAGCUGUCCCAUGCCAUCCGAGAGAACACGGAGCACCUGGCCGAGAAGAUGAAGAUCCUCUUUCAGAACACAGGGCGAGCGUGGGAGGAGCUGGAGGCCAGGAUCAACGCUGAGAACGAGGUGCCCAUCCUGAAGACCUCCAACAAGGAAAUCAGCUCCAUCCUGAAGGAACUGAGGCGUGUGCAGAAGCAGCUGGAAGUCAUCAAUGCCAUCGUGGACCCCAGCGGGAACCUGGACCUGCUGACCGGAAACAGGGGCUCCGGGGGCUUGGCCCAGCUCGGGAAAGGCCGGCCUGCCGCCCAGAGCCCGUCCUCUCCCCCCUCGGCCCUGCCCCUGAGGAGCUUCCCGCCACGGGCCAACUGCAGGUCCCCCAGCCUCCCAGACCCCGCCUUCCUCCCCGACUUCCUCCCAGACGCCGAGAGGUUCCUGAUCUAGGCAGCGGGCCGGGCGGCCUCCCUGUGC